CAGUAUGAAUUUAAUAAAAUAUUCUCAUAAUCUAAGAACCCAAAUAUGUGAUGUACAUAUAUACCUUAAAAAUUUUAAAAAAGAAAAAGAAAAAAGGGCAACGAAUUGGGAUGGUUUGGAUAGAGGUGCGAAAAGAUGAAACAAUAAUGAAAUCACAGCCUUUGAUCAACCCCAUACAAUCCUUUCCCCAAUCAAAAUUAUACACAUAAGAUUUCCUUCCCUUACUUCACCUAGACAUGUGGGCUCCUAUGUCUUCUCCUAUGUACCAAUGUUUUUUUCUAGAAAAAAAGAAAGAAAUAUUUAUUAAAUAAAAGUUUCUUAACGUCUUCCUUCACCUUCUAAUAGUAUUUAUGUUUCAAGUAAAAAAACGUUAAUUAACGGCGAAAGUUGGAAGGCGUCAACAUUCUCUCUUGUAUAUAAAUAAGAGAAUCCCAAAUUGUUCUUUUUCCUUGUCUGUAAGUUUCUUUCAGAGAAAAAAAAAAAAAAACAACCAAAACUAUAUCCGAUUCUUUCCCAUUUUUCCAUGCAUUUCGCAGAUAUUCCGCCUCUGAAAUUUAAUCUCGCCGGAGAUUUCUUUAUUUGAAAUAGAGGGGGAGUGUUGUUUCUGUGUUGCGAUAUAGAAAUCGGCGACAUUAAAGGGAUUGCAGUGAUCGGAAAUUUGGUGUGGCAUUAAAGACCAAAUUCAUUUCAUGAAGAUUUCUCUUUUACAAGAAAACAAACGACAAAAGUAAUCAAGCACUUUGUUUGGCGAGCUGCUUUUGCUAAAGAUUCAGAAAAAAAAAGGAAAAGAAAGAAAAAAGAGUUUGAAUCUCUCAUAGUUUGAAACUUUUUCAACUUUCUCGGCAAGCAAACAGAGCAUCACUUUAAUGACUGUGAAUCGAUGAAGAGCAAGAGAGUUUAAUAGUAGAGUGAAAGCUAGUGUGGAUAGUGAAGACAAGAAAUUGGCAAAGGGGUAGGGAAGGCAAAAAAAGAAGAAGAAGAGGAGGAUGUUUACGUGUAUAGCGUGCACAAAGCCAGUAGCAGAGGAAGGUGAAGAAGGAGCGCGUGGGAGUGGAACUCCUUCUACUAAAGAAGCCGUCAAAAGCCUGACGGCGCAGAUAAAGGAUAUUGCACUGAAAUUCUCUGGAAAGCAAUGCAAACCGUGCACAGGCUCCAGCAGUUAUAGGAAAGGACAGCGGCCGUACCCUGACUUCGAUGUGGCUUCUGAAGGGGUUCCAUACCCGUAUUUUGGAGGAGGAAGCUCGAGCUCGACACCUGCAUGGGAUUUCACAAGCGCAGGUCAGCACAGGGGCACAAGAGGUGAGUCGAGAUUUACAAGAGUGUUGAGUGGUGAUGAGACCCCGAGGGGAACAGAGUCUUGUGAUGUAGUGGUAGAGGAUGAGGAUGAAUCCAAGGAGUGGAUGGCACAGGUCGAGCCAGGAGUUCACAUUACUUUUGUGUCUCUUCCUAAUGGGGGAAAUGAUCUAAAGCGUAUUCGUUUCAGCCGAGAGAUGUUUAACAAGUGGCAAGCACAGCGAUGGUGGGGUGAGAAUUAUGAUAGAAUCAUGGAGCUCUACAAUGUCCAGAGAUUUAACCGUCAAGCUCUUAAUACUCCUCCAAGGUCUGAGGAUGAGCCGCACAGAGAUUCUUGUUAUUCAAGGAUGGGAUCUGCAAGGGAGAGCCCCAUGGCCCCAGCAUAUACACCAAGAAAUCACUACAAACCCUCAGGAAGCAAAGGGUAUUUCCCAUCUGACGUUAUGGAACAAGUUGGCAGCCAACAUUACCAUGGCGGUUCAAGUGGUUAUGGUACAGGGGGCCCAAAAGUUGAAGCAGCUUCCAUGGAUGCAUCACGGACAACUACAUCGUCUAGAGAUGAGCCUUCUGUUUCUGUUAGCAAUGCUAGUGAUAUUGAAUCAGAAUGGGUUGAGGAAGACGAGCCUGGAGUGUACAUUACUAUCAGACAAUUAGUCGAUGGCACUAGGGAGCUUCGGCGUGUCAGAUUUAGCCGGGAAAAAUUUGGGGAAGUGCAUGCAAAAAUGUGGUGGGAAGAGAACAGGGAAAGAAUACAAACUCAAUACCUAUAAAUACAAUUUUACAUAACCUACACUGCUAGCAACUGAAGAAAAUGAACUCAGGGUGUAGUCGGACAUCCCUCCGAAAAAGAAAAGAAAAGUUUGGUUUCAUAGCAUGCACUGGUAAGAAUCUAGCUGCUACAGUGAUGUUUAUUAUUCUUUCUGUUUUUCUAAUUUUACAGAGAAAUGGCAUUGUCAACCUAUACAGUAGUGUUUCUGAGUAUUAAUUGAUUCAAUAGUCCCAAAAUCAUGUUUCACCAUCAUUUGUGAUGACAACUCCACUUUGUAAUGGCAAAUUUACAUGGGAUGUCUAAUAUGCAUCCAAAUUUUGUCUCUUUUGUUGUCAGUUUAUUAUAAAAGAUUAGAGCAAAUUUUUGUGCCUCC